AUGAAACGACCAGGAGGGUUCAGAAAAGAAACUGAAUUUGGCCGGCGAUAUGGGAAAGCGGAUCUUGAUCGAGUUGGUUUCUUCGAUGAUAUACCAAAUGCUUCGGAAGAUCCGUACGGUCCACCGGCCGUGAUACGCGAGGAUGUUGAAAAGGGUCGUCAGCUGCUUUCCGGUCCACCCUAUGAACUUUUCGAGAAAGAAUUUCAACGAAUUUUCGUGGGCGAAGCACUCACUAAACCAAUAUCGCAGAUAAUUAACAUAUUCGAGUUUUAUAUAAAUUAUUUAUGUAAUCACGUAAUGUUAAUGAACGCAUUAAAAUUCGAAGUUAAAUAUAAAAAAAUCAAGAUAGUAGAAGGUCCACCCUUGAUACCACCAUCACCUUCGAAAAAGCACUCGACGCCUGGUGACUCGUACGGGUGUUUCAGCAAACAGCCGACUUACUUCAGUCCUGUAUUAAGAGCCAAGCCAAAAAGAGAAAGGGAAGAGCCGAAUUUCAAGAUAAAACCUGGGAAACUCGAGAGAAAAGGACCAAGUUUCUUGUCUAUGAGUGCUCCUCUCGAUUAUUUCCCACCGAAUCCUUAUUUCGAUGAAAGACCUGGUCCGACGUACGUGCGUCCAAAGGAAAUUCAAGAAAAGAUCAUUGAUCCUGGCCAUAUCUAUGUCCCAUUCCCAAAGUCACCCGGUGGAAAUCACGAUGGUUGCUUCAGCAAGUUUCCAUCUUACUUGAGCGAACCGUAUGAUCUUAGUAUCCCAAGAGUUGUCACGACCGGACCACCAUUGCUCGCUGGUGGACCUGAUCUACGAACAAAAUAUACUAACAGUAUUAUCAAUCAGGUCACAGCUGUAUCCUGUAACGCGGCCAACUAUCGAGAGUAUCACGAACGUGUCUAUCCUUUGACUCAAUAA